AUGCUGUCUGUCGGAUACAUACAGAACGGUGUUGGUUCAUUUUCGAAAAGGAAAUUACUCACAAGGUUGCUGAAAAUGCUUCGACAGCCCACGACCAGUUUCGCCAUUCUUGGGGCUCAUCAGAAAUACACUCAUUUGCAAAUCAAUUUGUUUCAUGUUACAAAAGGGCGUCAUGUGUCUAGUUGCAUAUGCCGAACACCACCUUACUUUAAAUCAACUACCAAAAGGCACGAUUUUGAAUUAGUUGCGCAUCAGAGCCAGCUUGACAUCCGGAUCACAAACUGCUUUGUCACGCACAUGGAACAUGGAUCAGUGGUGUACUUUGCCAUUCUUAAGAUACUUCUACCACUCCUGUGUUUAGGGAUAAUCAGUUCAGCCAUUCAGACACACGGAAACCAAGAGAGCUCAGCUCCGUAUCAAGCUCUUGUUACUCUGACCGGAUGCUGCACCAUACUGUCAAACCUCUUCAUCGUGCAAUUCUUUGUGUGGCUUCGUGAUGCAGGCAGUUGGUUAGCGAUCGGGACUAGUAUCGCUCAUUAUGGCAUAGCAAUGGGAAUCAGUCUUCUUACAUUUGUGCUUUUAUUUGUUGGGCUGGGAAUGCUUCGUUUGGAAUCCCCAAUGAAACUUUGUAUGUUUUCUCGACAGUCGUUUCAUACAAUUGAUCCACUGUAGAAUCAAAAUACAUGUUUG